ACUGCGCUUCCGAUCAUCGAGAAGAGCACUUUGAGAAUAACACCUUUUGCUAUAGUGGGUGAUGCCAAAUGGUCCUUCACAGGAUAAGACAAAUAGAAAAGGCCGAAUGGCCGAGUCUGCAUACAUGAAUGGUCUUAUUGUGAUUUAUAUUCAUUGAAAUGCUAUCUGCAGCUCUUUAUAUAGAAGACCAUUGGUGAUAGCCGCCGCCCCCUCCAUUUCAAUGCAGUCUGGUUGAGGAAGUAUAUAUAUACCAGCCAUGUGGCUACUCAUAUGUCCGACGUCAAUAAGCUGGAACAAAUCAUUCUCUCGAUCUGCAUUAUAUAUUUUAAAAUUCAUAUCACCUAUAAUACAUUGAUCUUUUGUAUACACUAUGCUGCAUGUAUGGACAAGGACAGAUUGCCUUCAGCGUUGGAUAUCUAGAACCAUGGCUACUGUAAUAUGGAAAAGGGUGUGGUACCAGUGAGCUAAAAAGGGACUUAAAAAGGAAAUGACUGAAUGUUCCCUAAUGCCAUAUUGAGUUGAUGAAAAAUACCAUUCACAAUGCAGAGUGCUUCAAAAAGGAACAUGAAUAUUGAGGACUAAUAUGGCACUUCCCUCUAUUCACUUGAAACGAAAGAAGGAAGUGGCAAAGUGAGUCUACCAUUUGUCACACAAAAUGUGCCUCCCUUUCGAAAGAGGAAGAAGAGUUUAAAUGCCUGUUCGCGAGUGGAUUGCUUGUUGAUUUGUCACUAGAAAGCUGUAGACGUCACUGAUUGGACCAAUGUCCUGCUGCGAUGAAUACCACCUUGGUUUUUGUAGGAAACGUGAGAGGGGGCGCUAGAGUACCACUUGAUGACUCACACUGGCUUGGGGAGGUUCACUCUUUUUUUUGCAGGCAGUUAAUUUAAGAACAUAUGCAGUGUGUUGCACUGCAGAUAAGAGUACCUGCAUAUAUUGCAAGUGGACUGUCCAAUUUAACCAGAGGAGAUUCACAAGACACAGGAGUGGACUGACUUUACACACCAACAUAGAGUCGGCCCAUCAUGGAACUCUUUAUAUGUUUUGCGAAACAUAUAUAUCUUGUUUGGUUAACCAGCCUUGUCCUGCUUGGGAGAACUGGUGAUGCAGCGAAUAUACUCAUGAAUGCAAUAUUAGGCAAAGGAAGCCAUUAUUACAUUACUGAAGCCAUCGGAGAGCAGCUUGUCAACCGGGGCCAUAACGUGACACAUCUUGUUAGUAAUGCUUUCUACAAGCAAGCAUCAAGCAGGCAAAAUUCAGAGCUCUUCAACUAUGAAGUAUAUGACACCGCGAUACCACCUGAAGUUAUUUAUCAGCUGUAUGCUAAUAUGAGCAGAGUGGCAUUCCUUUCUCCACUGAACAGUCAACAUAUUGAAGUAGAAAGCAAACCUCACUGGCAUCGCUAUCAGGACUGCCAAGCUGUUCUUGACAAUCAUGACCUCCUGGAGAGAAUUAGGCGAGCAAAUUAUUCUUUGAUUAUAUAUGACAUGUUAUGGCCUUGUUUACCAAUUAUUUCUAAAAUGCUUGAUAUUCCUCUUGUAGGAAUCAUUUCAUUUCCCAACCCGUGUAUGGAAACAGAGAUUGCAGGAUCAAAUUUCAAUCCGUCCUACGUACCUUGUACUGGCAUUGGAUUUACAAAUAAAAUGACUUUUGUUCAGCGAUUUGUGAACACAUUCCUUUACGCAUUUGUACCAUGGCUGACAACAGACAAAUAUGUCUGGUACAAUCAGCUGUUACAUGAGCAUUACUCCAACGAUUCUGUUCAGCUUUUAGACAUUGUUCGUGGAACACAACUCUUUCUUGCCAAUAGUGAUUUUGUAGCUGAUUACCCCUGUGCCUUGGGACCUAAUGUGGUUCUUGUUGGGGGGCUUACAUCCAAGCCUCCUCAAAAACUGCCUCCUUCCUUGGAGAAUUUUGUUUCGAGUUCUGGAGAUCAUGGAGUCAUAGUGUGCACCUUUGGUUCCUUCCUGUCCUCACAUGACCUCUUUGAAGCAAACAGCAAGCUUAGUGUCUUCAUCUCAGCUUUUGCAAGACUACCCCAAAAAGUCAUCAUGCAGUUGAGUCACGAGCCAUCAUUUCCACUGCCAGGCAAUGUCAAAGUCCUACCCUGGCUUCCACAGAAUGAUCUGCUUGGCCACCCAAAGACCAAGGCAUUUGUGUUUCCUGGAGGGAAUAAUGGAUUCUACGAAGCCAUCUACCACGGUGUGCCCACAGUAGUCAUCCCUCUGCGUGGUGAUCAGUUUGAUGUCGCAGCUCGUGUGACUUCAACAGGGAUUGGCGUGGUGGUGGAUAAGCUGACAGUGACAGAAGAGAGUCUACAACAUGCCAUUCACCAAGUCACCAGCACAAACAAGUUUGCUAAAAAAGCUAAGAAGCUCUCGACUAUCUUCCGGGAUCGGCCGAUGCCACCCGCACAGCGAGCUGCGUUCUGGAUAGACCACGUGAUCAAGCAUGGAGGAGAGUAUCUUCAAUCCUCUGUUCAUGACCUGAGCCGUAUGCAGCAUAUUCUUCUGGAUGUCUUGACGGUCAUGUUCAUAUUGUUUCUUGUACUGUGUGUUCUAGCUUAUAAAUGCAGCUCAAAGGUGCUGUGGUUCCUAUACCGGUGUGUAACACAUAAACACUUAAAAGAUAGUUAGAACCUGAAAUAUAUCUUUCAUAUUAGAUAAUAUUAUUUUCUAUAAAGUAUAAGGAAUUGAAAAAGUGAUGAAAAAUGCAAUCUUUCAAGAAUGGUCAUGACUACUUCUGUAGAAUCUGUAGGAGGUACGAGCCAUCAGGUAUCUGUCAAAUGGUUCAAGUGAAGAUUCCUGAAAUAAGGAAUUAUUCAAAUGAUAUUGUAAGGCAAUAACAAUAACUUACCAUUGCAGAAUUAGAAGGAAAGAGUCAUAAAUAGUAUAACUAUUACUAAGAAAUUGACUUUUCAAAAGAUCAAUUGGACAAGAUAUCAGAUUACAGUCCGACCUCUCUUAUCUGGACACGUUUGGACCAGCACCAAUCCGGAUAAGGGAUUUAUCCAGAUCUGGGAGACCCAAUAUUAAAUAAACGCAGCUGCCUCCCGAAUGGUAGCUACACGUAAUCUAUUGUAGUGGGCGUACAAAGAACAGUAUUUCACUGCUGUCAGCGCAAAUUAUACGCGAUUUUUUUUCUUUACGGAAAUUAAAUCGAUUGGUUGCCAAAACUCUUGGAUAAUUUACCUGCUGAAAUAAAUUGAGGAAUACAUCGAGCAUACCUCGAAAGAAAGAGAAUGACUUGAUGAAAAUAAGUUAUAAAAUUGGAUCAUUGCAGCUUCGCAGAGUCAGUCAAUUGUAUACUGACUGUAGGCUCAUACAUGAUAGAUGGCAUUGUCUGCAAUGCAAGACAAGGCCUGAGUGAGAGAUGUGUUGUUUUUUUCCUGGAAAAAAAAAAAUGCGCUGUGCCCCGAUUUACUGGAAAAUUAUCCUGUCUAAUUUCUUUCGGUAAUUUGGGUAAGAUAUUUUCAUUAAAAAAUAAUGUGGUUGUAGGUAGACUAUAUUAGAAAAUGUAUGUAAUCAGAAUGAGUUUGCGUAGGAAUUUUGAUUUUACAUUGAAAUCUCAUAUCCCCACGUACUAGAUUGAAAAAAAAAUAAUAAUUUGGCAAGUGUGCGUCCGGAUAAUAGAAAGAUCCAGAUAAGGGGAGGCUGGAUAAAUGAUGUUGGACUGUAAUUCAAAUUUUCAGAAAUGAAUUGGCCUGAUCCUCUAACUUGACAUCUUGGGAACAUUUCAUCAACAUUCUCUUCUGACAAUCUGACAACUUUCUUUGAUUUUGAUUGGCUGAGAAACAGUUCCUAGCGUAACUGUCGGAUAAACGUCAGACAAGUCCUUUCACGAACCCCCCCUGCACUUUUAAUAAACUUUGUUUUCAGAGCUCUUCCAUUACCCCUCCCCUCGCUUUCAAGUAAAUCCAGGAUGGAAGAUACAGUAUGGCUCUUUAUGGGAACAUUACUUAUAUUCAGGACAACGCAUGCUUGGAUGACUUGGAGGCCGUUCUCAUUACGCUUUCUAAAACUAGUUUACUGGAAACCGAUUCAGGAAACCAGUUUGGAAGAUCGCUUUGCUAGCGGUCCCACUUGAUCACACAAAAGUGGUUUUCAAAAUCACUUCACUUCUUGUUGCUAUAGAAACGCUCUCAGUGGGGUGAUACAUUUCGCUCGAAAUAGGCAUUCUACACCUGUCGUGUGGAGUAGCGCACUCAAAAUGUGCAAAGAUUGCUUCACGAAGAACAGUUGUGUCCUCACUUGCGCUAAAACCAGUUUACCGAGGCGAAGCGAUCUUGAAAACUACAUCGCGAGGUGGUUUUCCGAACUGGUUUGCAAGAUCGCUUCGACCGUUCUUACUAUGCGUUAAACUAAACUAGUUUCCAGUAAACUAGUUUUAGGUACGUAGUGAGAAUGGUGUCUUGCUCCGACCACAAGCUAGUUUGUGAAACGUGCUCAGUGUAGAAUGGAUCUUAAAUGAUAUCGAUAAUGAAAGACUUGGGGAGGGUGCACUAAAAUCACACCCACACCAGCACAGCCAUUGUUUCGCUUAUCAUCCUGGAUUCCUCUGCUCCCCUCCCCCCUGAAGAAUUCUGGAUCUGCAACUAAUCAGCUAAUCAUUAGUAAAGAUAUUGUUUGAACCAAAAUGUGGAAACUAUUUUUGUUGUUGAAAGACUGAGUCUCUGGUUGCCAUGGAAACAUGUGAGUCCCAGUGCGAGAUUUAUAGCUGGGAUGUUAACAAAUUACCUUAUUGUUUGCUUUGUAUAUACAUGGACCAGACACUGAAAUAACUUUAAACAUCUCAAUAUAAUGUUGUGCUUCAUUGGUUCUUUCUUUAUAUUUUUCUUCUACUUCAGUUUUGUUUUUAAUGCCAAUUAUUUCAAUACAAUAUGAGUAUCUAAUGUGAUGAAGAUGAAGUAAUAUUGUUUGAAUAUAGAUAUUCAUAUUUAUUCAUUUCUGGGGUUGACUAACUUUGAAUAUAUUGUGAUGAAGGGGGAAAUGUAACACUACAGGCACUUACCUACCUCUCUACCUCUCUUCAAUUAAUCAGUGAGCUUCUAAAUAAAUAACUGCAAUUAUUCCAAGAAAAUUAUGUUCUAACUCGCUUUGGAAAAAAAACCAUGAGUAUUAUCUAUCAUGUCUCAUAUUAGAGCAUACCUGAAGUCAAAAUGUAUUUUCUACCAUUUCAGUGAUCACUCAAAGAUCAAUCCAAAAUUAAUAAAGAUAGAGAGAAAAAAAAUGCUUGUGCUCCCCUGAGCAUAAUACAGUGAAAUGCAUGUACGACCACUGCAAUGCAAUUUAUGAUGAUAAAACCAUCAAAUGCAUUAUACAUUACAGUCAUAAUUUCAAGUCACAUUUAACUUUUGACUUUGAAUUCACUAAAAAAAUCCACUCCUUAAAGUUCACAAAUCCCAUGUUUGAGUUAUAAUAUUCAAGAAUACACCAACAAACAAGAUCAGAUGAUAUUCUACAAUGAUAUUGAAUUAUUUCUCAGCAGAACAUUUUAGCUUACCAAUUUCUAUCUAAAUAAUUGUACACGAAAUGCAACAUUUUUUAUCAAAUGAAAUGUAAUAAAAUUAUCUUUGUGAUGUAUUUAUUUAAGUCAAUUUUGUGUUUAAACUCCAAGUCUGUGUUACAUUCAUAUUCAUGCAUCUUUGUUAAACUAAUUUUUUACAAAGCAAAUUGUAAUAAAUCAAAUGCUCCUCUGCUGAAGUGAGAUUGUGCUAUCCUAGAUAAAUUUACUAAGUUAUGAAUAGGAUCGGUUUCUAAAGAAUUAAUUAAAAUAAUCUUUUCUGUCGUUACACACUGUUCACAGGAAAAAAAUACACCUUUUCUCAUGGAAAGAACAGCAUUUUUUUAAUUGAAGUCUUUCAGACAAUAGCAGAAUGUUUGAAACAAAUUUUUAUAUCAAGAAAAUGUCUAUGCAAUAAUUUUGUAAUUUAAGGCAACGUUGCCCAAAGACAGAUUGAAGAAUAUUAUGUGCAAUGUACAUUUACAAUGAUGGUGUUUUUAAAAAUAAUUUCAUGACAAUGUGCAGCUUUUCAUUGAGUUGAAAUUCUGAAUAACAAGUUCAUGCAUCCAUGGGCGUCAACACAGAGGGUUAUCGUUUGUGUUUGGAGGGGGGUGGGGACGCAACAAUAGAUGUCCCGGCAUAUCAGCUGCCAAAAUUUAAUUGCAACUGCAUAUCUUUAGCCCAGUUUCUGUGGUUGGUGCAGUAUAGACAAGACAAGACAAGACAAGAAAAAAUUAGACAUAAGUAGAUCCUCUGCGCUGACACCCAUGCAUCACCAUCUUUUAUGACAGUGAAAAAGAAUAUAAGUACAGUGGAUGUCAAAUAUUUAUAUAAGAAUACCUGACUUUUAUUAAGGAUCAAGUAAACGGAAAAAAGACAGCUAGUAACAACUAGUAAAUUUGUUUAAUAUCACUUUGCCUUGAAGAUGUUUAUUAGUCCAUGAUAUUUGAUCUACAAAACCCACUUCUCGUUUGCAAUUUAGGUUGUACUACUAAGUACAAAUACAUGUAUGACUUCCUGUUUUAAGGUAUUUCAUGUACCAGCUACCUGAUAGUGUUAAAGGUACCGUUAAACAAGUAUUCCUUGUGAGUCAUUGCGGGUGACCAGACAUUUCUUAAGCUGCACUGAAAUCUAGAGCCACAUACUGUACGGAGGCAAGUCUGAAUAUCGUUUUCCAGGAAAUGGUUAUUAAUGAUGACAUGCUCAGCUCCAAUGUUUAUGUGCAGGGCCCCCGUCUUACAAAGAGUUACGAUUGAUCCGAUCAAUCGCAACUAUGGACGGCCAGCAACGUCGAUGUUCAUCUAUUUAAAUAUGCAUGUUUGUUCAAAAUAUUUUCUAGCUAUGAUGUGUAUUCAUGCAUUCAUUGUUUCCUUGAAAAUUCACUGUGCUUCUCUUUGCAUGUAAAAGCUUUGCAUACAAAGGACAUUGUGCAAAUUUUUCUUAGAAAAAUAUUAUGACAAUGAUGAAUUUCCACAGAGUUACGAAUGAUCGGAUCAAUCGAAACUCUUUGUAAGAUGGGGCCCAGAUUUCCAACGCAUCUCCUUCUUCCAAAGAUUCACAAUAUUUCAAUCAAUGUGUGCUCUUGCUGCAAUUAAUGUUUCAUAUCAUGUGGAAUUCAUUCAAUUUGUAUUUUAUUUUGGUCAAAAGAUUCAGAAUAAAUCAUUUGCGUAUCCAUUUUGGGUAGAUAACCGA